AGAUGAUUGAAAGUUGCUGUGCAUUACGAAGGGACUAAAAGAAUCAUACACACAUCCCUGUGAGGUUAAGCGCCACAAAUGAUAUGGAUAAAACCGCCGCAAAUGCCAACAUUGAGAGGAAUUCCAAGUCGAUUGAAUUGCCUCCAGUUUUCUAUGAUACCAUUGAGAGAAUCUCGCAUGCGAUACCAGAAACAUUUGAUUUGGGAACUGUACCGGUUGAGCUGACAUGUGUCGCUUCGUCCUCAGCUUUCAUUGUUUUGGGAGCAGGAUGUGGAACUCUAUUUGUAUAUAACAGAAAGCUUGGGAGGCUUGCACGACCGCUGCGCACAAAUAGCUUUGAGGCAGUGACAUGCGUCCAUCAACUUAGCCUCUUGGAUGACUUUGUUGUGAUUGGACAUAAUACCGGUACGCUGAUAGCAAUGCGCCUACCAAGUGGUCGAGAAGGUGGCAACAUAACAUUGACACAAUGUGUUGAUGUGGACAGUCAUCGCAGGUCCCCGCUAACGUGUGUUCGUUUCAAUUCUGAUGCCACAAAGGUCGUUUCUGGUGAUGCUGCUGGUACUGUGAUAUUAUCUACUGUGAUAUUUGAUACGGGUGAAUUCUAUCAUUCCUUCCUUUUUGAAGGGCCUUGUGCCAUUGCCGCGUUGACCUUUUUCGCCGAUUCUGUAAUUAUUGACAAUACUUUCCAAUUAGUGGUCGUUGGCAUCGCACCACCUCAUCGAACGCAAGUUAUCAGUGAUCGAGAAGAAAGAACUAUCGUUCUUGGCAUGCAUUCCACUACUUCAUCACUUUACCUCGUGGAAAAGUUGAAAUUGCGAAUGUAUUCUAAUUGCUUUGAUGAAAGUCACAUCACAGCUGCAAGCGAAUUGGUUGGCGAGAAUACAAGCAUUGGUUCCGUAAAAUUCGAUGACGAUGGAACCAAGUUGGUAUUACUUUCAACAUCCAAUGUAUUUGUGAUGUAUGACGUGGUUCAACGAGAAAUCCUUUGGAAAGCGUCGCUCAGUAACUAUCUCUGUUGUUUUGUCUGUGAUUUUUGCGUGGACAGCGAUGGUUCAAUCCUUUACAUUACAAAACCUCGUGGAGUGCGUCGCGUUGGGAUCUCACCCAUAGACAAGUUGCUGACAGAAAGAGACAGCGAUUCUUCCCUGUCGUCACUUUUUACUUCCCCAAAGAAGUUGUUGACAGAUGGCGCCUCCUUGGUUACUCAGAGAGGAUUUUCGUUGCUUACGAGUGCUGUAACAGCAGCUAAAGAUUUAAGUGGUGUUCCAGAAGUAAGCAAGGAGGACUCAGUGCGAAUGUAUUAUGAUGACCCAUCACUUAUUCCGAUCAUAGCUCGAGUUGGAAGUGCAUCGCAAGAAACUUCUCGCAUGACUAACGAUAAGUCUGCGUGCACUGCCACAGUAAAACCUCAGAUGGUACAAGAACAUCAUGAUAUAUCUGUUGUAAGAAAGAACCGAGGGCGUCAUAAAAUGGGAAAUCUUCUUGAGAACGCUGAUGAUGAUGAAGCGCGAGAUACGGACGAACCAGAAGCAAUCGGCGAGAGUACCAUACUUGCCCUGAGAAGAGAAGUUCUUGGAAGUAGUGUACUUGGAAGCAGUCCUUCCGGAUCUGGUAUAAGCAUAGAGUCUCCACCAGUUUGGACUCCCAGUGAAAGUCCUCUGGUGUGUGGUCAAUAUAUCAGAUCAACAGAACUCACCAAAAAUCUCUCUGCACCUUGCUCAUCGACGCAUUCUCCUGCAGCAGAGAGACGACAAAUUCCUUCAAUGGGAGAUGAAGCCGACAUGGCUGCUAAAUUCGAAGAACUGCUGAGUGCGGACCCCUCUACUGAAAGCUUCCAACCACAACAGACAGUCACGGAGGGUGCGGAAUCGGUGACAACCGCUUACGAGUACCUACUGCAGAAAAGUCAUCCAAUUGCCGUAGCACCUGAGGCAACACCCUCUACUUCCAUAGCGCCUAUUGAGGUCCGUAACGAAAGUCUUCGUGAAAGAUCUCGGAAGAUCGUUGUACUUAAUGAUCAAGUCGACAUAUGGCAGAAGGCUGUUCUUCCGUAUACCGCCAAGUCUUUUGCCGUUGGAUCUCGACAUAUCGUCCUAUGUCACAGAAGAAAGACACCUCGUAUAAUAAAACAUGAGCAUUUGGGAGUGAAAAAGCAGGGUUGGCAAACAGCAAAGUGGGGAGCUGACAGCGUUUCCAUGAACGACGAAGAAACUAUCGUGUGGAGAAUUCAUCGCAAAGUUGGCUGGUGCGCUGUUGACUCAUUGAGCGCGAUUUCGCAUUUCGAAGAAUGUGCCACUGAUGGAGGAGGUGUAGACGAGAUCUCUAUUGGAACUAAUACAGCAUGGUACAUCACUAAAGAAGGGGUCUCACUGCAAAUGGAGCUGCCAGAAAAGGCCAUAUUUUCGACAGUUGACCAUGAUUGGCCAUUACGAUCUAUAUGUGUAUCGGAUGAGGCAGUAUGGGCCAUACGGGCUGAUGUAGAUAGCCUGGUCGUCCGUGUUGGGCUAGCGAAAUGCAAAAUGGGAUUAGAUUGGAUUGAGAUAACCCCGGAAGGUCCGUCAAAACUGGUUUCUGUGUCUCUCUAUCGUUCUUAUGGUUUUGUGCUGGAUGACAUGGGUCAGUUAUGGAUGAGCUCUGGCGUCGAUCAUCAACAUCCAUAUGGCAGCAGUGAUGCAUUUUACAAGGUUUGUCUUCCUGUCAUUGAUGUCAAAACUGCCCCAAUUACUGCUUGGAGCGUUCGGGUUUCAUCUAUUGGUUUGUUUCUUUGCACGGGGAAGGUGAUGUACUACUCCAGAAGUGCUUUAUCUGGACAUAGAUUUCCCAGAGCGAUACCUCCAAAGUUUGAACUUCUGGAUAAUUUUUCAUUGUUCUCGGCUGGCUCUUUUACAGGAACGACAGGAUUCAUUCACCUAUGCCGAGAAGACUCGGAGGUUUUUGUGUAUCGGCCUGGAAAGCGCAACUUUGUGACGCUCGCUAUCCCUAUAACAUCGCAAGCGGUUAUCUCAUUAUGCGGUGCCGAACAUAAACUGUUCCUUAUUGAUAGCAGUGGCAAACUGUUUUCAUCUGAUGGUGAGACUGCAAAUUGGGAAGCUGUGACGUUGCCAGAACCUGUAUGUUGUGUCGCACACAGCAAGCUGUCUUCUUGGGCGGUGACUUGCACUGGUAAAAUACUUGUAUCGCUCGAGGGAUCGAGUGUAUGGUCCAUCAUCGGAGUUCCAUCGGAUGUAGAUGCCAAUGUUGUACCAACACAGGUUUUUGCUUCUCCGAAUGGAAUUUAUGUCUGGGUACUUGCUGCUGGACGUGGAUGGGCUCGUGCUAACAUUAAUGAAAGGAAUCCAAUAGGGUCAAAGUGGACCGAGACAUAUCACACUUCUGAGCUGUGCAGUUUGGCUGUGGGAGACAAUGUUGUAUGGGCCCUUGAUAGUUCAAGUCAACUGCUGAGAUUGCGAGGUUUGGCGGCCGGCAACCCGGCUGGAAACUACUGGCGCCCAAUUUCUAAUGCGUUAUUCAGAGCGAUUUCUGUGGAUAAUCAGAGUGAAUUGUGGGCACUUGAUAUGGAAAAUCGACUCGUGCAGCAUCUGAGCAACGUCUACAUCCCGGAUCAAUUUUCCUCCGAUGCUCCAUCAAGCCCGUUCGAACUUAUUUGAUAGUAUUUGCUUUCUUAUGUUCCAUAUCGAAAUGGCCUUUCUAGCCCAAUCUAGCCUUGUAUGAUUCCUCAUUUUUUCAAUUUUUCUAGUUCUUGUUUUCUUACGAUUUUUCAUCAUUCUUGUCAAUAUUUGUUAUCUCGCAUUUCGUUGAUUCGUACACUCACAGACUUUAUACUAUCCUACAUUCACUUAUAGUUCCAGUCUUUGUUGAAAUUCAUGUGCCGAGUUUUUCCAUAAACUGUGAUCGUUUG